AUGACUUUCAAGAUCGGUUCGGGGCAGCUUUGCUCCAUCCGGCCUCCGUUAAAGAAAUGGCACCGAAAUCACCUCAGUUAGUUUGAACAGAGGCCCCUAUAAAUCCGUUAUGGUUUCCUUUUUCCGUUAUAAUGUGAAAACAGCCAAAGUUUUAUUUUUAGAGAGCGAUGAACAAAAAUUCUUAGUGAUAGCGUUUUCCGCAUGGAAUUUAAAGGAAACAAGUAGCUCUUCAGGCUUUUUUUUGGAUUAAAACUUUUGUUCGGAAGCAUUCUGUCAACAUUUCCGCAAAACAACUUCCCCCGCGCUCCACCCGAAUUCCCCUUUUAGGAUCGCAAAGGCUCAAGAAAUAUGUGCUCUAAUAGAGCCUUAUUCCCCCCUCAAUUGUUCUGCAGUCUAGAAAGAAAUAAAUAGAGCGCACGGGGAGCGAGCGAGUUUACGGUGUAGGAGACGAGGGGUAUCACAUACCCUACAAUCUUCUGGAAUCACCCAGAGUAAAAAGGAUAGCGUGAUGUAUGGGACAAACAACUGUAUUUACUGGCGAGAAAUGAGGACGUUCUAGAUUUUCGAUGGCAACGAUUAACUUGAAAUAAAUUUAAUAAAACAUGGUCAUUGACCAUAAUCGUUAUGGAAGCAUGCAUUUUUUUUUUCGUGAAUACACUGCAGCCUCUUCUCGCUCCCCGUCAAUGACAGGCAUCAAAGGAGAGACAGCAGUAUUCGCACGCUAAAAGGCACGGAUAUCGUACAAGAACAGAGCCCGCGGAACAGAGGUGUUUAUAAUUUGUAGAGAUGGUAUACCAUAGGAAUCCAACGAUUAUUUUGCACGGACUGUUAAACGUUUACGACAAAUAAACAUUAUCUUAUAUAAUGAGCUGUGAGAACUAUGUUCUCCAUUCUAUCUUCAUUCUCGCAGACAUGUCAAAUAUGUUUCCCAACUGCAACAGUGCUGAAAGUUUAAAUGGGAAUUCCUCUUAUUUCCAUCGCACUUUAAUUUGCUGCAACUACCCUUGUAUACCGACAUGUUAAGUAAAUACAUCUGCAGAUAACUAAUGGUAAACUUCCUGUGUUCAUUUUAUUUAUUGCGCAUCAAAGAAGCGGAAAAAGACUAAAAAUGUUUUUGAAUUGGAAUUAUUUAAUAUUACUGACAAAUGGAAGCUAAUGAAGGAAACAAUAACUGAAAAGGAAGAUUUCUAAAGUAAACAGUUGUACUAUUAUGUUGUUGAGUUUAUUUGACCCCACGGAAGACGGUCACGGAAAAAUGGACUGAAUGCGGUCAAUUAAUAGAAUUCGUCGGAACUGCUCUCUGACUUUUGAUUAAAAAUACUAUAAGACAGUACCGUCAUUUACAAUAACGGCAAUGGAAGAUAUCUGAGAUAUCUCUCUUCUUCUCUCAAUUUUGAUAAAUUUGGUGAGGUUUCAUUUAAUAAAUCAGGGGCACCCAACGACGGUUUCCUCCUAAUUACACUGAAAACACUUUUUAAAGGCUACCCAGAGUACUUUUAGAGCUUUAGAAAUACAUUCUAAGUGGCGCUAUAAAAUUUGUAUAUGUUCGGUCAUCAUAGAGGAACUUGAGUGUUUUCGAAAUAAUAACGGCUUCAGUUUUAUUGUCCUGAAAAUUUUAGAUGCAAUUUAGCUCAUUACGAAAGUGAGAAUUUUUCUGAUCCCUCUCUCCAUCACAUUUUUGAAUCCAAAAAAAUUCAAGUUUCCUUUUUUCUACGAAAAAUAGCCUAACCUGGGCAGUGAAAUUAAAAAAAAUAAACCUAAGAAAAUCGUAGGGCAUUUACUAGAGAUAGGCUUCGAAAAUUGAUCAUGACUGGAACAAAUGGCUUGGGCUACUAUGGCAAUAUAGUAAAUGAGUGAAUAACUAUUUAUGUAAGAAAUUAUAACUAGAGGCCUAGGGUGUGAUCGAAAAGGAGAGGCAUUUCAUUGUCAUAAACUGAACCCUUUUUUCUUGAAAAAAGUUUCCCAAAAAGUUUCCCAAAAAGCUGCCAAAUUUGCAUGUGCUUUUUACUUUUUCUGCCAAAAUUAAACACUCCGUUUUACAAGACUAUAGCGAGCGGGAAGCUAAUUUAUGUUUAUCCGCCUGCCGACCAUUUGCGGAACAUGCAAAAGAAUGCAAUUUCGUCAUACCACUAAUUAAUGCAUAGUUUACUAGUUCGAUUCCUGAGUCAUGGGACCUAAAAAUAAAGAAGAAAUGCAGACGAAAACAUGAAAGAUGUACAGGAAAAACAUGAUGCCGACAAGCUGGCCUUUUCAAUGGAUACUGUGACAAGCGGAACAUACUUUCUAGUGUAAGCAUUGAAUUAAGUUCUAAAACACUGAGUGAAAAAAACUAAACAGCGUUUAUUUUUUCGUCGCUAUUUCCUUAAAGAUGCUCAGGUUAAAACCAAUUUUGGUGAUAUAUUUCGACUUCAUCACAACUGUUUGCAUCGGAAAGAAACAAACAAUGUUUCUAAAACUUUUUAACAUUGCCAUUUUUCAACUAGAUUUGUCAGCAGUCAUUUUCCUCACAUCCGAUUUUACAACAACAUCAGCUUUUUCUCACGCUUAUACAUUUUAUGUUUUAUUUUCUGUUAUUUCAGCCGCUUAACACUUGUGCCACCGCGCGAUAUUAAGAAUGCGUUCUUAAUGGUAUCGGAAAACUCUACACCAAUUUAGACGCAAUUUACAGAGACGGUGGUAUUCUAAAAUUGCAUUUUUUUUUGGAGAAAUCACGCGCUGAGAAUUUAGUUUGUUCUCUGCGCUAAAAUUAGUUUUUUCCUAAUGACACAAUGCACUGUAUAAAAGGCGUUCCGCUCUCGGCAGCAAAGGAGUAAACGGGCGUAUCCUGCAAACUGAUUAACUGGAAAGGAAAUCGCGACUAUUGAAACGUAAGUAUCACUUCUUUGUAAGGACUGAGGACUGAGGAAACAGCUCCGUUAGUUUUUCACUCCUUGAGCAUAAAAAAUGAGAAUUUUGCAGGAAACAACAGUUGCUGGAGAAAGAAAGAAAGCAACCAAACCCAACUAAGACAGUUUAAUAAAGCCCCAAAUACACACAAAAGAAUUAAUCAACAAAUUAAAGUGGACCCAGUUGAAUUCUGAAACAAUAAGUGGACACGAGACUUUCUUUUCUGUUAACAAUAGUUUUUUUUUACGUCUUCGGUGCAGUGACUUUCAUAGUUUCGCACUUAACUCUGAUUUCUUGCACGACUUAGUUAUGACUUGCCCGAAUCUUGGAUAGUGCAUUCCUGUUUCACAGAAGAAAAUACGUUUACACUUCCUCUCUACUAUAAAAAAAUGCAUGCGUGCUUGUACUGAACAAAAAUUUUCUUCUGCCUAUGAAGAGAAAAAUUGUGUUAAAAGUUCUUUUUCUGUAGGAGAACAACAGGAGAAAUCUGCCGUAAGCAUCUGGUAAUCGUGUAACAUCAAUUUGCCUUUAGAAGUUUUAGGCCAUCUUGGCUGAAACAUUGAAAAAUGUUCUGUUAGUCUGUUGUCUCGUCUUUUCUUUCCGUAAUUCGCGCGUGUUUUUGUAACAAGUACUCGAAACAUUUGCGAGAAAAGUUCAAAAUUUUAACCUGAUCGCGUAGUCCACAGUAAAUAGUACAUCAUCUCUUAUCGGACACACCUCGUUCUCAGGAGUCUAAAGAGAUUUCCGUUUCGUUACAUAAUUCUCAAAAAACUGAAGUUUUAAAAUUCUACCUUUGUUACUUAAUAUUGUUAUCAUGGAAAUUUUGUCAAUAGAGAUGCGCUAACUUCCUUUUCAAAAAUUUCUGUUACAUUUUCCAAAUCUUACCACGCUUCACUUUAGAAUGUUCAUUGUGAGACCGACCAGCUAUAGCGAUCAAAAUUAACAAUUGAAAGACUUCUAAAAAAAUUACGUUGACUUGCAAACUUAAUUUGUCUUAUGUGUGUGACUGCCAAUCAAAAGUGGCCCACUCGAGAAAAGAAACCACAAUUUUCGAGCAUUUAUCAAACAAGAAGACAAGGUGAAGCCGAAGUUUUGUUGACCGACUUUAAUUCUUUUUUUUGUGCAUUAUGAAGUCAUUAAGGAGUGUCCCUUUAACACUGAGAAAGAGCGGCCUUAUUGUGAACGCCCUUUGGUGCUGAACAGAAAGGAAAACAUCAACAGCAAAAAGACAAACAAUAACUCAAUACCGUUUAGUUUAAAGCAGUGAUGAGUCCUGAUGAUCGAGUUUCACUUAACAUACUGCUUAAGUCCUCAAAAUUAGAAUUUACAAAGGGUGAUUUUUUUUUCAGUUUUUAAAGAGUCCAAGAGUCAACCAGCGGAAAAGACUACCUAAAUAGAACCCAUAAAAAAGAUCUAUCAGCGAUAAUUACCAAUUAACAAUUUCUCCAGAGGAUGAAUCAGUCGUCGCAUCCUUUUGAUGCAUGUUUUACAUUUUAUUUAUGAAAUUAAAUAACAUUGCUUGACCUUGCUCCACUUUUAGUUACUGUUCGAUGCUCUUCACUAUUAAGGUCUUCACAAAAGAGCUUCUAGUAUAAGGGUGGAUUUCCACUACCGCGUAAUUUUUACGUGUGUACGUACGUAAUAAUUUUACGCGCGUACCUUUGGCAGGAUUUUUGAAAACGUUACCGCCAAAUAGACCUUUAGCGUCCAACAGUUUUUUUCGAAAGCAGCCAUUACAAAAACUAAGAGUGCAACCAUUGCUUUUAUUUUUCUCCUCUCCUCCUUUCUCCCUCCUUCUUCAUUUUUCUCCUUUCCUUUUCCUUCGUCCGUGUGAUUUUUGAGUUUAUCGUGCCCAAAAUUGAUCGAGGUUCAUCUUUAACGUUUACGCGCGUAAACUUUUUCGUUUGCGUUUGCGUUUACAUUAACGCGCAAAAAAUUUACGUGCGUACGCUCGUAAAAAUUACGCGACAGUGGAAACCAACCUUAUGAAGGCUAGAAUUUUCCAUAAAUCGCCUCUUCAUAAACUGUUUAGGUCGGUUAUUUAAACGAACUAUAACUUAGGCCGCGGUUUAGCAAAUCUUUGGAUCUCCAGAUCUCUUCCGUAGCGGAUAAUUUUAAGAAAAUAAAUGUAUUUUUGUCUACGCCUUAUGCUUUUAUGAAACUUAUCAGGAUAAACUAAAGCGUUGGGCAAAUUCAAAAUGGCUUAGAACGCGGUUUUGUUAGCUAAACUCCUUUCAAAUAACUGUCCCUUCGACUCACAUUUAUUGGUUUUUCCUUGAUUUAUCGUUUAGUUCAUGACUGUAACUUGUUUUCCCAGUGAGAUGACCAGGAAUUGCCUUAUUGUCUCUGUACUGCUCGUACUUGUGCUAGCUGUGGAUGGAAUAUACGGAAACUUUUGUGACCAGGGUCCCCCUGGAAGGUACUGUUUUAAGGACCUGAGUGGCUGGUAUGAGUGUACCUUUGACAAGUCAAAAAUGGUUCAAAAAACGCACAAAUGUCCAGCCUCUACACGGUGAGUGAUCAGAUUUCCCGGCAGAGCACUCCGAAUAUGAAAGGAGUGGGGAUGCUCGUCGUCUCGCUUAGGGGUGUAAAUUUCGGAUUUUGGUCUCACUUAGGGUGUUCUGGGCAAAGCGCUAUCAUAUUUAGCCGUAAAGGUCUCGUUUAGGGUUGCAAAUGAAAAAAUAUAAAAAUAUGUGUAUUGCCUGUGUUUUAAUAUGGUCUCUUUUAGAGGUCAAAAAAAGCGCGGGCUACGCCCAGAUCGGCCUCUUUUAGGAGUUUAAUUCAAAAUUUCCCACGAGCAUUCCCCCCUUUCGUAUGCGGAGUCCCCCCGGGUCAGGUUUUGGUUCAACGCAUACAGUUUUAGUUUCAAAUUAAUAAACGUUGUGGGUUUUUAUUAAAACGUUUGCAUGUAACAACUUAUAAGCUAAGAAGCAAUUUGAAAAUAAUGUAUUUGCUCACUAAAGCAAGAGUUGAUGAGACUUUUUCUUUUUCACAAUUUCGGUAUCUUUCACUUCUGAUUGGUUAAGAAAAAUAGUGCAAUCAGAAGGGUAGCUUGCGAGCAAGCCCGUCGGGGCAAAAAAAACUUUCCCUGUUUGCCCCGCCGCCCGAGCGCCCCGGGGAGCUUGCACGCAGGCUAUAAACACACAUGUGUGUGGCCAUCAUCAUCAUUAUUAAAAGUAACGUCCUACGCACCAGUAGGUACAUAAUGCCCUAAUAUUCUCUGAAUAGGCUAGUUUAUGUUUGUCGUUGGCUGUUGAUCCACAGUGUUGCCAGUGUCUUUUCUGAACAGUUCCUUUUUUCUAAUUAAAACAUUGACAAGCUGGCGUUUUGGUUGUUUGAGACGCACAGUUAUUGAUGAAAGCAUCUGGCUUCACAUAAAUAACUCUUGACGCGUUUAUCUACUUACGUACCUACAUUUACUUUCAGAUGUCAGUGUUUCUACGGUGUGGACUGCCCACCUACGGUCGGGAAACCCUGCGCUAAAUACGAGCUUCCCCCACCAUUCCCGGAAGUAUUUUCUACCUUCUACACCACGAUCGUUACCGACUGUGAUGCCAAGAGUUGUACGAACUUCACAAACAUCGGAGAAUUUCUGCAGAACUCUACCGCAGGGGAACAGCGACAUGAUCGAGUAGGAGCCGGCAGCUGGGAAACUACUUUCAUUUUCCCGUUUCAGUACAUUGAGAACAACAAUUACAUUCAGGUAUUUGCGCAGGUAUUUUAUCAAGCGUUUUCUGAAAUAUGGCGCUUGGAAAAUCACUUUAAAAUAGCCUGCCAGUAGUUGUCUGCAUCACACUAACAAAGACCCCCUAAUACAUCGAUGAUGAACUGUUUCAUGCUAUACAGUUUUUUGUUCAACAGGGCGUUUCUUGGGGUUCCUGUGCACUCCCUUCUUACUCUAAAGUAACCUGUAGUUGGGCCUUUGUUAAUUUCCAAAAGAGACAUAUAGAGAUGAGAGAGGGAAAAAUUGCAAGCUUAAUCUAAGAUGCCUUUUUUCCCUUUAGUAACCGGACCCUGGGCCCGGAUGUUCAAAGCUGGGUUAAGAUAACCUGGGGUGAGCGCAAAAUUCGAAGCAGAUAUGAAAGCGUAAAAAGCAGUUUUAUUCUUACCCUAGAAAGAAUAGAGGAAGUUAUCAGAGAAAAUGCUUUUGAACUGAAGAAAAAGAAAAAGGGAUUUUAACAUGUAAGUCCAGGUUAGCGCUAAUCGGCCUUCGAACAACUGGGCCCUGUAUAAAUAGGAGUCGGAAACACACUGCUGGAGUGACUCUGCCAGGGUGAGGUCGGGGACCGGGAAACUAGCCAGUAGUCCUUGCUACUGAGACCAGGAUAAACCCUGGUCAUGUAGGGUCCUUUGCUGGCCCCUGAGAGACCUGUUUUUAAUACAACUGCUAUUCUGCAAAAAAAAAAAAAAACUACUGGUUUGGUGUUUCGCAAGAGAGAGGGUCCUAAAAAACAUCCUGGUUUAUUUUUUUUUCCUUCGUGUUUUAGUUUGACGCUAUCUGGUUCGGCAGAAACUGUACCCUCAAUUCCAGGUCUAACUUUCCGCGCUUUGGGGUACCACCCUAUUUCACUUGCGGAAACACGUUUACUGGCAAACUCGGUGCAACAUUUAAAGGGUGUGAAUGGCGAUCAGGAGGACACAGCAAAACCGAUGAGGUAAGUGACAUAAAGAUUUUGGGGACACUGAACAUACUGAGCCACUGUAGGGGCGUGUACAAGAGGGCCUCACACGCCUAGACUGCGAGCAUCCUCUCCAUUCACGGGGGGAUUCGCGAGAAGUCACGCGCGAGCAGCACGCGAAAAAUGACGCGAGUGCGAGGGGUGGGAAAGAAAGGGCGUGUUUAAUCUAGGCAGGUCAAGUCUCACGUUCCUUUUAAACCCUUACUACAGACCUUUUCUUCGACUGGGGACCGCUCGCGCGCGUUCUUAAACUAGUCAAAAAUACUGGUAGUAGCAGCGGCCGUGAUAGCUAUAAUGAGACAUAAAAACUGGAUAAUGAUUUAUAAAGCACCCUUUCCCAAAGGGUCCAAAGGCUGUUUCAGUUUGGCGCCAGGCUGCUCCGGACCUCACCUUAUUUUAGGCCAAACCGAAGCCCGUAAAAUUGACAAAAGUUAUUUUCAAGAGCAGGACUCCUCUAUCUCGGGGUUUGGAUUUAUGCCCCACUCCAUCCAUCCCCCACCCCACCCCCUCACACCACCCACCACCACCACCACACACCUGAAUUUUACCAUAACAUACCUGAAUGGGAUCAAGGUAUUUGUCCUGGUCUCUAAGCCCGCUACAGUAGAGGUUUCAAUUUGAAAAUGUUCAUUUAUAUUCAUGCUGUUCCACUGAUUGGGUAAAUACUAUCGGCCUUAAUAAGUUCUUCAACACUUUACAAAGCAUAACCAUUUCUUUUCAUCCAUUCCAGGUUAUAAUUGACAAAUGGCUUUUGAUUCAAUUGAAGGAUGGUCGCUUCAUACCCUUUGCGCACGAGGUGCAAAGGCGCCCAACCCCCGCCAGCAACCACACAGAAUUCUACGAUACUGUGUUCGCCUCGUUCUUCCCAGACUUCCUCGAUCCUAGUCAGCUGUCGAUGCCGACAUUUUGUGGCCAAAACCUUGCAGUAUUGACGACCAGCCGUGUCGAAGGAAACGAGCCCGGUAUGAAACCCCCGGAGUUCAUGCGCGAAAAGUUGGCGAGAAACAAGGCUUAUGAUAUCGCCGAGUACUAUGACGCAAAACGUCGCUUACAGUUACUGCGCAAUCAAGGAUAG